AACAACUAGAAACAUGAACCCAGAUCCUGGAGCCGCGGAGGCCGAUUCCUCCCUGGAGUCACCUGGGGGUCUGGAACCGGCUCAGAGCCCAGACCAUGAGAUCCAGGACCUGGUGCCGACGUGGGCCCCCAGUGGCAAGCGGCUGAUCUCGGGUCUGCUGGGCCUGAACCUGGUGCUGCUGGGGUCGGCGCUGGUGGCCGGGGGGGCCUUCAACCCCGACGGCCUGAAGCACCAGGAGCCCCAGGUGUUCAUGCUGCUGCUGAUGGGGGUCAGCCUGGUCUGGAUGCUGUGGUACCUGCUGUGGGCCCGGAGGCAGCCCGGCAUCUGCCCGCACAAAGACCACCACGCCGGGGGGGUCCCCGUCACCGUGGUCCUGAUGCUGUUCGCCGCCUUCAGCCUGCUGCUGUGCGUCUUCCGGGCCGGGUACCUCCUCAGCGUGAUGGCGUGCAAACCGGCGCCCAAGGUGCUGUCGCCGUUCUUCGAGGCGCCUUUUCUGGCGCUGCAGACGUAUUUACUGUGGGCUCACUCCAAGGACUGCAUCCACCGGCACAAGACCGCCACCCGCUCCGGCCUGAUGCUCGUCCUCUCGGCCGACCUGCUGCUGUGGCUGAACGCCGUGACGGAGGAGACCGUCCACGAGGAGAUGGAGCUGGAGAGAGACGACGGGCUCCACCCAGCCAACGCCUCUCAGCUGGGAGGAGCAGGGGUCAUGAACUCGACCUCGUGCCGCUGCUCCGCGAGCGCCGCCUGCCUGGUAUUCCGGAAGGGCUUCGAGGUCCUCUACCCCUUCAACAUGGAGUUCUACCUCAUGGCCGGCUGCAUGCUCUACGUCAUGUGGAAGAACGUGGGCCGCGGCGUAAGCCCCGCCCACCCGCCGCACGCCACCCAGAAGCUCACCCUGCAGGUGGUGUACCGCGGCGGCGUCCCCUACGGCCUGGCGGCCGGCGCCCUGGUGCUGGCGGUGGGCGUGGUCGUCUUCAUCCUCUACCAGGUGUGGGUGGGCCGGCGGCGGCUGCGGCACGCCGCCUUCCUCCUCUUCUACGGCUACCACCUGGCCGUCAUGCCCGCCAUGGCGCUGUGCUGCGUGGCGGGCGUGCUGGUGCACCGGCUGGAGAGGCGGGCGAGCGAGGCCGGGCGCAACCCGACCCGCAGCCUGGACGUGACGCUGCUGGUGGCGGCGGCGCUGGGCCAGCUCGCCCUGUCCUACUUCUCCGUGGUGGCGGCCAUGGCGGUGGGCACCGGCAGGCCCCUGGGGGACCUGGACCUGGCCUACUCCCUCCUCAGCCUCCUGGAGAUCCUCCUGCAGAACAUCUUCAUCAUCGAGGGGCUCCACCGCCACCCGAGCCGGCUCGCCGCGAGGAAAGAGCGGCGGCGGAGCAGCAUAUUCAAGAUCAAGAAGAAGACGCCGGCGCCAGGCGAGAGGACGACCAACAAGACGCUGCUGGACGGGAACGCGCCAGCUGCUGCUGCCAGAGAGCAUGAUGGGAAAAACCCCUGGACCAAAAGGGCGAUACAAGAGAUCUGUGCCUUCCUCAUCCUGUCCAACGUCAUGCUGUGGGUCAUCCCCGCCUUCGGGGUCCACCCUCAGUUCGAGAACGGCCUGGGCAAACAGUUCUUCGGCUUCUCGGCGUGGUUCGUUCUGGUGAACUUGGGUCAGCCGCUCAGCGUCUUCUACAGGAUGCACUCGGUGGGCGCCUUGAUGGAGCUGCUCAUCGCCGCGUGACACGGCGGAAGCAACACAACAAUGUUUGGGGGGGGCGGGGACAACAACAACAACAACAUGAUACACAUUAUUUGGUUUAUACAAUACGAGGAGGCGGUUUUACAUGGUUUGUACCUAUGCUUCAUGUGUUAGAGCUGCAUUCUCACUCCUGACCACCAGGGGGCGACUCCUCUGGUUGUAUAGAAGUAUAUGCUUCAUGUGUUAGAGCUGCAUUCUCUCUCCUGACCACCAGGGGGCGACUCCUCUGGUUGUAUAGAAGUCUAUGCUUCAUGUGUUAGAGCUGCAUUCUCUCUCCUGACAACCAGGGGGCGACUCCUCUGGUUGUAUAGAAGUCUAAGCUUCAUGUGUUAAAGCUGCAUUCUCUCUCCUGACCACCAGGGUUCUAAUUAAAAAUACAUUUAAAUGAAAG